GGCUCUGGAGAAGGGAGGUCCAGGAGUCCUCCUCCACCAAGAGCUCCAGGACAAGCCCUGUGGCUGGAGAAGUUUCUCCCCGCCUCUGUGCUCCCCUGGGGAGAGGUCAAAAGAGCUGUUUGGGUGGGAAGAGAAUGGAGGAAGUUGACAGGGAUGGGCGGAGCCCGUUGGGGGGGCUGACCAGGAACCCAGCUUCCUGCUCAAUACCCAGACAUCCAGCCCCCAGUUCACCCCCACCCCUUCCAGCCCCCACUCCUUUCAGGCACCCUAAGUUCCUACCCUUUUCCCAAAUACCAGCCACCCCUCCCCCAUCUGUCUCUCCCCUCCAGGGGAUGGAGGCUGAGAGACCCCAGGAGGAACCGGAUGGUGAGCAGGACUCCCCCCAGGAUGAACAGGGCUGGCCCCCUCUGAACUCCACCCCUCGGCCUUGGCGGUCUGCUCCUCCGUCUCCCCCUCCUCCAGGGACCCGCCUCACAGCCCUGGGGCCCCGCUCGGCCUCCCUGCUCUCCCUGCAGACCGAGCUCCUUCUGGACCUGGUGGCUGAGGCCCAGUCCCGCCGCCUGGAGGAGCAGAGGGCAACCUUCCAGGCCCGCCAGAAGCCCCCAAGUGCGGCUCUCAGCCCAGCAGCCCGGCCUCUGGAGGACCGGGAGCAGCUCUACAGCACCAUCCUCAGUCACCAGUGCCAGCGAAUGGAAACCCAGCGGUCAGAGCCUCCCCUCCCUCCAGGGGGACAUGAGCUGCUGGAGUUGCUGCUCAGAGUUCAAGGUGGUGGUCGGAUGGAGGAGCAAAGGUCCCGGCCACCCACACACACCUGCUGAGGCUCAAGCGCCUCAUGAGCCUGUGCUCCGUCUUGGGGCACACAGCUGGACACCCUGCUUGGUGGAGGUUACCAGAGACUGGAAGACCCCGCAGCAAAAACCUCUCUGUUGGUUGUGCUCAUCACCAUCCCUGAGGACCAGAGGGGAUUAAAGUCCUCAGACCCUGGGACUAGGAAAGGCAGAUGGGCCUCCAGCUCCCUCCCCAAGUGCAAGAAGUAAGGCAGGAAGUAAGCCAGAGGAGGCCAGUGGCUAGGAGCAGGUGUCCAACCACCAACCGCAGUUAAGCUACCAGGUAUGGCUGUGGGCUCAGACCACCUCCCACAGAAAGGCGCGUCUCCGGAGUUGUGCCCUGAGCUGGCUCAGCCCUCUAUCCAGGCAAGGAGAAAGGGAGCAGGGUGGAUGUGCUGAACAGAGACCCCGUCCACCACCCUCCUCCCCAGGCCUGGGUGAACCCUCAGUCCUGCACACGCUUCCCUACCGCGGUUGUGGGUCUGUCUGAUGUCGGUUGUACGAAUAAAUGUGAUUCCUCCUCUGGA